UUUUUUUUGCCUUUUGUUGCAAGAAAGCUGCAUGGAUGCAGCCAAUGCAAAUAAUAACUGCUGAAAACUUUUUUCUUUUUUUUCCUCCAAGUGAAAGCCAGUUGGUGCACAGAGUAAGACCAUUGGCGAGCAAAGUUGUUCAGGUAGUAUGUGGUCAAGAUCACAGUCUCUUCAGGACCGAGCUAGGAGAGGUGUAUGCAUGUGGUUGGGGAGCUGAUGGCCAAACAGGCCUUGGUCAUUACAACAUCUGCAGUGUUCCUACAAAGUUGUCUGGGGAUUUGGCUGGUGUGAAUGUUGUCCAGUUGGCAACCUAUGGAGAUUGCUGUCUGGCUGUAUCAGAAGAGGGUCAGGUGUAUGGCUGGGGAAACUCGUACUUACAGUUUGCAUCCAUCACUGACCUUUCACAGGUCAAUGUUCCGAGGUGCCUACCAUUUCAGAAUGUUGGGAAGGUGAAGCAGGUGGCGUGCGGUGGAACAAGCUGUGCUCUAUUAAAUGAUGAUGGCAAUGUUUUUGUUUGGGGUUAUGGAAUACUGGGAAAAGGGCCCACAUUUCUGGAGUCGGCUAUCCCUGAGAUGAUUCCUCCAACACUAUUUGGUCAGAAUGACUACAACAAAGCUAUCGGAGUCUUGAAGAUCUUUUCAGGGCUUGGCCAUUUCGCUGCUGUAACAGAUGUCGGAGAACUUUUUGUUUGGGGUAAAAACUUGAGAGGCUGUUUAGGUACUGGAAGGUUGGAAGAUCAGUAUUUUCCAUGGCGGGUAACUGUUCCUGGAGAAGUGGUGGACGUUGCCUGUGGUGUAGACCAUAUGAUGGCACUUGUGAAAUCUCUUGCCUGAAUGUGGGGAGGGGAAAAAAAGCAUUUUACAGGACAGUCUGUUAUUUAUUGUUACACAUGAAGGAAAUUACAAGGAGCUCAACGCCUGCCCCCAAGCAGUGCACUUUCCUGUGACAAAGCUGUUUGUGUUUCUCUGUGUAUUAUGAAUGACCUCACAUUGCAACUCUCUUUUUAUAAAUAAAAUUACUUUUUAUUAGAAGUA